GACAAGACCAUCUCUAGCGCUACUAUUGCAAGAGCGACAUAGCAGAAACAGCAGCAUACAGCGCGGACCAAUAGGAUGGCUGCAUAUAAGUUUCACAGCCAACCCGAAUAUCUGCAGAUGCCUGCAUCAAAGCGUCGAGAUUUAUGCUGGUUUGCUGUAGUAUACAUUUGAUCGUUUUCUUUUCUAUGUUUACGUCUUCGUUUAUUCUUUCUCGACUUUCCUCACUGCGUGUUUGAGAGAGAUACCCCCCUCUGUCUGCUUCGUCGCGUGGACUGAGAUAACAGCCGUGCUAUUGAUUUUUGCUCUUCAAUGGAAUACAUUUUUAUUCUAAUAGCGAGUGUUGGCAAUACAUUUCGCAUCUGCUGUGUACCGGUAUUACCCUCUAUGAGAAAGAGAAUAUUCCAUUAUUCUUAGCUGAAGAUUGAGACACCGCACAUAGACACAACAAGUACCGGGAAACGUUCAUUCGUAGAGCUUUCAGUUCCAUAGCGCCUUGUAUUGCUCCCCCCUCGAUACCCCAGGACCGUGGACAGCGCUUGUGCUAGUGACCGCAGCUCGGUGUGAAAAACAACUAUUAGGCCUAACGGUUAAUCACAAUCAUAACAAGAUACUCAAGAAUGUACUAAAAGUAAAGAUUAUACAGGCCGUGAUUCUGUAUGGAUUAUACCAGAAGACUCUACUGAUUUGAAGGUAUCAUUUCUCUUCUCAGAACAAGAAUCUUUGGUUCUUCCCGUUAAAAACACUUUUAUCAGAUCCCCCAGAGAAGAGAGCCAACCCUUCCUCCCCUCCAUAACUCUCUCUCCCAGAGGAACCAUGGGUACCGUACUGUCCCUCUCCCCCAGCUACCGGAAAGCGGCCCUGUUCGAAGAUGGCCCGGCCACUGUGGGCCACUACACGGCAGUCCAGAACAGCAAAAACUCCAAGGACGCCAAGAGCCUCAAGCGCCAGUCCCUCAUCAGUGUGUUGCCAUGGAAACGCAUUGUGGCGGUAUCGGCCAAACGGAAAGGUUCCAAAAAGCUCCCACCAGACGACGGGCAGAAGGUCAGCACUGAGCACACCAUCACCAACAGCCAGAAGCUGAAGAAAUCCCAGUCCUGCGCCAACUUGUCCUCUUUCACCAUGCAGGAACCCACCAUAGCUGCCACCAUCCCCACCUCCAAGACCGUCUCCAACGUUGCUGCCACCGCUAAGAAGAACCUGUUGACUGGUUCCAAGGGGGGCCAGGCAACGAACGCGGGCACGCCCAAGCGGGUGAUUGUCCAGGCCUCCACCAGCGAGCUAAUGCGUAGCCUGGGUGAGUUCCUGUGCCGGCGCUGCUACCGGCUGAAGCGUCUGUCGCCUACCGACCCGGUGCUGUGGUUGCGAAGCGUGGACCGCUCCCUCCUUCUCCAGGGCUGGCAGGACCAGGGCUUCAUCACCCCAGCCAACGUGGUCUUCCUCUACAUGCUGUGCCGCGAUGUGGUCUCCUCCGAGGUGGCCAGCGAGCGGGAGUUGCAAGCCUCUCUGCUCACCUGCCUCUACCUGUCCUACUCCUACAUGGGCAACGAGAUCUCCUACCCGCUCAAGCCCUUCCUGGUUGAGGCUGAGAAGGAGGCCUUCUGGGAUCGCUGCCUGGAAAUCAUCAACCGCAUGAGUGGCAAGAUGCUGCAGAUCAACUCCGACCCACACUACUUCACCCAGGUGUUUGCCGACCUCAAAAACGAGAGCAAGAAGGAGGAAGAGAAGACAAGGUUGUUGAUAGGCCUCGACCGAUAAGAGGAACCAUGGGAGAAUGGUAAAGGGAGGAACAGGGGAGAAGUGGGACGGGUGGGAUGUGGAUAGGGUCAGGGUGGCACGCACAACUACAGAAAAAACAGGACAGUUGUCUGGUAUUCCCAUCUUGAAUUAGGAGGAAAUUGGUUUAACUGGAGGCCCAUAAUGACCAAUUAGGAGGCUCUGGUGUCAUAUAUCAUGUUAACAAUAUUUGGGCAUUAUAGUACUUACAGACAAUCACACAGAUACAAUUACUUAUAACCUUUAUGUUGAGUGAACAUUAAAACUCUGCCUUCAGGACAUUUGAUAACACAGAUGCAGCGUGGUCUGGGGCUGGACACAUAUUAUAUAUUACUUCAAUAGCAGCCAAACCUGACAAGAUUACAAUGAUAGAAAAUUAUGACCCCUCAUAAACCCAAAACGGGUAAUCAAAUGUCAAUGACUUGAGUAAAAAGAAGAAUGGCUGAGUAAAAGACAGAUACAUUUUGUGUCCAGAUUCAGAGUCAAGAGAAUCACUUUAGGAACUUCAUAAGUUGUGAGGCCUCUGCAACCCUUUUCCCACUCUCUAAGCUGCAUUGGCAUCCUCAAUGACCCUAAAUAUUAACACAGACAGUGAAAACACCAGAUAACUUCACUGUAGUAGUCUGCUCAUGUAGUGUACAUACUUAGGGGGGAAAAACUAAUAAACUAUAAGAGAGUCAUCAAAGCAACCAAAAGCAAAGCUAAAGAGAGGAUCUGUGUGGAUUCAACAAGGCAAUGUGGGGGAACAAGAAACAUGAGGAUUCCACUACGCAUAAGACCACGUCCCAUGUCAUCACGUGUCCACUCAGGACAUCACGUCUUCACACGUCUUGAUUUCCUAAUGUCCCCCACACAAUUGCCAAUGCCCCCUACCUCACCACCAACAAUAGCCCUGCCCAAGUCUUCUCCCACAACAUUGCACUUCUUCCCACAACAAGCAUGCCUGGUUUUAUUUCACCAUUUACAGAUAAGAGGGUAACAUUACCAAACCUCAUCACCCACCAAAGUCCUGAUUUGUGUUUUGGUAUGGAGAGGAGGCUAGUCCUCGUCAAAGAAAGUGAUAUGGAAUACCAGUAGAACAUACUGCUGAGUUGAUUGACUUCCAUUGCACUGAAACAACACUAGUUGUGGCACUUCAUAUGAUGUGUCCACCUCCUUGGUUUCCAUUGAGGUCAGAACAAAAUGGAUUCUCCAUUCAGUCAUCUCCCUUAAAAUAAAGAGACUCUUUCCUCCCCACUGAUGGUUAUUUAUGUAACGACUUGUGUUGACAUGCAUGUGUGCUUCUAUGGGUUCCUAGCAUGCUGCUUUGUGUUCGCACACCACGACAAAGUCCUAAAUGGCACCUUAUUUCCUAUGUAAUGGGCUGCUAUGGCCAAAAGUAGUGCACUACAUAGGGAAUAGGAUGCCAUUUUAGACAUACCCCACAUGAUUUUAGACAGAGCAGUAUGCUGCAAUGCUGCCCUUAAAUAAUUAUGAAAUCAUGAUUACUGAUUAAGUCUUCAUUUUGAUGAAAUCCCACCUCCUGCAAGGUUGUGCCAUAUCGUUCUGAAAAUUAUGAUUUAUAAAAACAACAAGGCAAGUCUUGGAUCAUCAUGCAGAACAAGAAAGACUUACAUUUACAUUACAUUUGACUUCUUCAUGCAAUCAUCCUAUACAUUUCAUUAGUUAUUAUUAUAUUAUUGUGUAUGUAUGUUGGAGAUGACAGAGCCAGUGACUUGUGUUCUACCAAUGGCAACAUGUAACAAGAGAAAUAUGAAUUAUCUGUCCAUUUCAGAAUCUCCACUGACUUGGCUACGUAGCGCUCAAUUGAAACUGCCAUUGAUAUUACCAACAGUCUCAAACCUCAUGAAAAAUAUGCAUAUGAAAAUUAGAUUGCAGAGCCUGCAUACACGUUCUUCCUGUAUGAUGUGUUUGGGAGGGAUUGAACAGUAGAUAGCUGAUGUAAUACCUUUCAGAUAAAAUUGGAAUUAUAAUUAUCAAGACCUUUUCUUUGCUGUUGAAACGAGUUGUGUGGUAUAGGUUCAGUGCUUAUUCUCAUACAAUACUGUAAUUUACACUUCCAUGUGCUUGAAAUAGUUACUGAAAAGAAAAGAAAAGAAUUCACUGAGGUUUUGCUGCAUCUAAAUUGAUGCUAGUAAAUGAAAAUUUGAAUAUUGCUCACUUUUCAUUGCUAUUAAUGUUUAUAGCUCCAACCACAUCUGAAUGUGUGUAAUUAUUAUCUUUACAAUUUCAGAUAGUUACAGUAAAUGGUAAAAUAUUGACAUCUGGAUAUUUUGCGAACUCUAUCGAUAGGCCUUCCAUGAAAAUGCACAUGUGUAAACUGGCCAAUAAUACUGAUGAGUAGAAAUGUAGUGGAAAUGACAAGCAGUUAAACUUCUAUACUUGGACUUAUAUAUUGUGUAAAGCAACAGAGAUAGUGACUGCCAGGUGGAGUUUCCACCAUUUUGUUUUCAUCUAUUCAGUCCAUUCAACUCAGCAAGGGCAAGUCGCGAAGAACAGAGGGAAGGAAACAAAUGUUUGGAAUGGAACACCCAGCCAGUUUGGAAUGGGAAACUCAGCAUUUUUGGAAUGGAACACAGCCUGGGACUCUAUGGAACCUUAUGGAGAGGGGUGAAGUUCACUUUGCAUCCUCUUCUCUUUGACUAAGUCAUAACUAUGUGCCAUGUUUUCACUUGCAACACAAACAAGACAACACGUUUGUACAAUACAAAGUUAAUGGGGUUAUUAAAUGUUUUCCCCUUUUCAUUUGUGAAUCAUAUUGUGUGCAACUUUGUUGAACAAAUCAUGUUAAAAUAGUGUUAUUAGAGGGAAGAUGAGGCAAUCUGUGACUAAUGUAUGUGGAUGUGUGACUAUGUAUGUGAGUGAGAAGAAUUUGAUCAACUGUUACAUUUACUUUAUAUAAAAAAUACAUUUG